UCCAAUGUGGCAAAGAGUGAUAAUCAACAACUUUUUGGGGAUCACUUUGACCUAAAAACAACAACCUGGACUCGUAUUUGAACCCGCAAACCACCCACCCGUUACCACCAACAACCGUACAGAGAUUCAAUCUCAGCAAAAAACCAAGCCAUAUUUCAGUUCUGUGACUUCUGUCUUCGGUCUCUCCCCCAAACUUUAAAAAGAUCAAAUUUUGAUUUCAUCCCAGAUCAGAAAAUGGACCAACAUCCAAGACCCGCAACCCUUCUGGAUUCUUUAGGUGAAGAAAUCAUCAGAAUCAUAACCCCAGUUUCUAUCUGUAUGUUUUCAGUUGUCAUUUUAGUAUCUAUAUUAAACACUAAUGAUGCAUUAAGCCCUUCUUCAAUUUCCACUAUAGCUACAAUAGCUUACACUGAAACAACAUCUGAUUCUGAAUGGGAUAAAUUCAAAGGAGCCCUUUUGAACUCACUUGUGUUUGUUACAGUUGUGACACUUGUCACUUUCUUAUUGGUGCUUCUUUUUUACUUUAGGUGUACUCAGUUCUUGAAGUAUUAUAUGGGGUUUUCUGCCUUUCUUGUUUUAGGAUUCAUGGGUGGUGAGAUUGGUCUAAUGUUGAUUCAAGUGUUUCAUAUUGCUAUUGAUGUAUUUAGUUAUGUGUUGUUGUUGUUUAACUUUACUAUUGUUGGUGUUUUGGCCGUUUUUAUGUCGAAAGUUCCUAUCUUUGUGACUCAAUCUUAUAUGGUGGUUAUUGGGGUUUUGACUGCUUAUUGGUUUACUAUGUUGCCUGAAUGGACUACUUGGGUUCUUUUGGUUGCUAUGUCUCUAUAUGAUCUUGCUGCUGUUUUGUUACCUGGUGGUCCGUUGAGGUUAUUGGUCGAACUUGCUAUGUCUAGAGAUGAAGAUAUUCCUGCCCUUGUUUAUGAAGCCCGACCAGUAAUGGAUCCUAGAGUUAAUACUGUAAUUCAAAGGAGGGUAUGGAGAGAUAGUGGGGUAAACCGUGAAUCACACACCGGUCCCCAAGUUGAUUCACCGUCGAUUGGAAGUUCUCAAAAUGAAAGGAAUGUAGAGAAUGUGGAAACAGGUCAGGUUCAUGAGCUAUCGGCGCCUUUGAUUCAGCAAGUUAGGAGUCGUGGGCUUGAGGGUGAGAAUGAGAAUGUGGUUCUCGAGGGGAUUGGGUUGGGUUCAACGGGUGCCAUCAAGCUUGGAUUGGGGGACUUUAUCUUCUACAGUGUAUUGGUAGGAAGGGCUGCAAUGUAUGAUUUCAUGACAGUAUACGCUUGUUACCUUGCCAUCGUAGCUGGUCUUGGUAUUACUCUUAUUCUACUUGCUUUAUAUCAGAAAGCUUUGCCUGCACUUCCUGUAUCCGUCUUGCUUGGAGUAUUGUUUUAUGUCUUGACUCGGGUAUUUCUUGAAGAAUUCAUUGUACAAUGUUCUUCGAAUCUUUUAAUGUUUUGAUAUAUUCUAAUGAAUUUCAUGAAAAUUAGUGUA